CGACGUAAAUUAACGAACUUUGCAAAAAUAGUUCUAUAAAUAGAAAUUAUUUAGAGGACUAUCUUGAAAAAUGGAGGAAAAGCCAAUGUUCGAUCCUAACUCUGCCGAUCCCCUCACUAAAGAACGAGGAAUAUGUUUGCAAUAUGACUGUGCAGUUAAAAGAUUGUACGAAGUAUUCACGCAGUGCGAGAAAAGGGUCAAGAGUAAGGACUACACUGCUGAGACUUGUGAAGAAGAAAUUAUCGACUUAAUGGAAGGAAUUGAUAAUUGUGUAGAGGACAGAGCGUUCAAUAAGUUUGUAUAACGUUGUAU